CAACAAUUACAAAUACAAAAUUAUUCUACAUCGAACAAUCGAAUAAUAGCAACAACAACAACAAAUAAUAAUAAUAAUAAUAGUGAUAAUUAUACAAUUAAUAUGGGAUCAUUUAAUUCAAGUAGCUGUUAUGAUCAAGCAGUUGCAAAUAUGAUGUCAACAAAUUAUGGUGGUUUAUUAUCAGCAGCAUUUGCUGAUCCAAUGCGUUCAUUAUUUGGUGUUAGAAAUUUACCUGGUAGUAAUGGUACAACAACAACAACAACAUCAAAUGGAACAUCAUCAACAACAACAACCGGUAAUAAUCAAAAUAAUCAAAAUUCUACUGGUGGUUCAUCAUCUGAACAUUUACAAGCAGUUUAUGGUACUAAAAGUACACAUCAUCAUCAUUCACAUCAUAUGAAUAAUGCGAAUACAAAUGGUGGUCAACAAAUGGCUGCACAUCAACAACAACAACAACAACAACAUCAUCAUGCCCAACAUAUGCAACAACAACAAUCUCAUCAUCAAACAUCACAACAACAACAACAUCAUAAUCAUCAUCAUCAACAACAACAACAACAGCAGCAGCAUCAUCAUCAAUCGCAACAACAACAACAACAGCAACAUCAAAAUCAAUCGGAUAAAGAUUUUCUUUGUGAAUUAUGUAAUAAACGUUUUUCACAAAAAGGUAAUCUAAAAACGCACAUAAGAUCCGUACAUACAAAAGAAAAACCAUUUACCUGUCCUGUUUGUGCAAAAACUUUUUCACAAAAAGGUAAUCUUAAAACACAUAUGCAACGUCAUGCUGGAACAUUUCCAUCACAGAAACGUAGUACAAGUAGCCGACGUAAUACAUUAGCUAAUCAUCCAAAUAAUCCACCAAAUCCAGCAGCUAUGGUUGCUGCUGUUAAUGGUCAUCAACAUAGUGGUGGUGGUGGUGGUCAUCAUACGGUUGAACGUGUUUCAUCAGCAUCAUUAAUGCAAGCAGCCGCUGCAUAUGGACCAAAUUCUGUACUUGAUCUUGGCAUUGGUGCUGUAGCUGCUGCUGCUGGAAAUCCAAAUAAUAAUAAUAAUAAUACAGGUGGUCAUAAUUCAAGAGCAAAUGGAUCACAAUCACGAUCAUCAUCCAUAACGGAUGAUGAUGGUGGUUCAUCAUCAUCACCAUUAAGCGAUAUACCAUCAGCAGCAGCAGCGGCAGCUGCUGCAGCUGCCGCAGCAUCAUCACAUCAUUCCAAUUUAUUGAAUGCAAGAAAUCAUCUUUCCAGUCGGAACAAUCAAAAAAAUUUCGAAAUCGGUAAACAACAACAAACCGGUUCAACAAUAAUCUAUCCAACAAUGAUGUCAACAACUCGUGUAAAUUCAGGAUCAUCAUUAUCAUCAUCAUCUGCUGCUGCACGUACAAUUCAUCAUUCAUCAUCAUCAUCUUUAAAUCAAGCUACUGGUCAAGCGGCGGCUACAAUUGUAAAUAAUCCAUUAGCUGCACAUUUAUCAUCAUCAUCAACAGCAGCAGCAGCCGCAGUAUCUAGUUGGCUUCCAACUAAUUUAAGCCAAAAAUCUUCAUCAAACAAUGUUGCCAAUAAUAAUAAUAAUAGUGGUGGUGGUGGUGAUGGUCACAAUAAUGAUCCAAAUGAUCAUUUUCUAACAACACCAUAUGGAAAUUUUGCAUCACCAUUAAGCCGUUUAUCAUUGUUUAGCGGUACAACAUCCGGUAUGUAUGCCGCUUCGGCUUCAAUCAAUAAUGGACAGCAACAACAACAACAAUUAUCAACAACAACAAAUAAUGGACAAAAAUAUCGUUACAAUAAUAAUCAACGUAAUAGAGCAUCGAAAACAACGGUUACAACAACAGCAACAUAAUGAUGAUUUUAUCAAACAAAAAUAACAUGUGACCAUACGAACCGCUAACAUUUAUCAUCAUUAAUUUCGCAAAAUGGAUAUGAAGAAAAUUGAAAAAAAAACAAAAUACAUUUGCUGGA